AUGGCCAACUUGACUAGAGAGUUCAUCCGCGCCCGCCAUGCACGAUCUCGCUACGUGGGCGAAUGGAACCGGCUGGUCCAAAAGGCUGCUGAGCUUCAGGCCGUACUCGACUCCGCUGCCUCCAAGAAGCUCGACUUUGGCGAAGACCAUUCGCAAACGCCACCGUGGGCUCGCGUCACCGUCCUCACGCCUUAUUCGCGAUACCUUCUUCACUUUCACAUCAUGCCGUAUGUCCGGCUCUUCGGCGGAGUUGUGCUCUCUUUGGCAUCUGCGUGCAUCGUGUGGUCAGAAGUCGUGAAGGUCGCUCUUCCGAAUUGGUCCGUCAUCCGAUUCACUGUCGUGCACCACUGGCAAGUGGCGAAGCUCAGCGUCCCGCUUUCGUACAACUUCAUGACCCUUUUGUCGCCCAAGAUAUACAAGCAGACAGUCUUUUACGGCUUCCUUGGACAGCUAAUCGACUUCACACCGCUAGGAAGAUGGUUCGAUUACAUCUUCCCCAUCCUCAUCCUAUUCCCCGUAUUCGCCACCCUCUUUGGCAUCUAUGGACGCGUUAAGCGCCUACUCGGAUUCGGCAUCGACCUAGUGGAUGACGAAGAGGAGGGCGGAAGGAGGGCGAACGGCAUAGGUCUCUGGAGGGAGGGCCGUGAUCUCAUCGGCCGAGACCUGAGCGGCCAUGCCCUCUCGCGCCGUCGGGAAGAUGCCAUUGGGCCAUCCGGGCGUUCCGCACCCAUCUUAUCCAUCCCGUCCGCACGCGGCGCGGGUGCGUCCUCGCCAUCUCCUCUCAGGUCUCCCGCAAGAUCGGGCCACGCACGCCGUCUGGGGCAAAACGCGCGAGAUCAAGCCUACGUAGAUGAUCCCACGGGAGACGAGAACUUUUCCAACUCCUCGGCCACCGUAUGA